GAAUUUCAGUGGCAAAACCACACAAGUAUAAGGGAGCUUUUGAUGCAUUGCUCACCCAGUGUUGUGGGCUGUAUACCAGUAAGGACUGAGGAUUUUUGAUCUAUGUAAUUUGAGAGCUCAAAACGCAGUAACCUCAAGCUCUAGCCUGACAGGGGAGUUUGUUCUGGUAAGGCCCUCCAGCUCUCUGCAUUUGCACAUCUGCAGUAUUUCAGAAGAUUUUGCAGCUCCGAGGUGUCAGAAGAAUUAAUUGAUCAUCAAGGUUAAGUCCAUUUCUGGCAUUCCAAGAAUGUCAGUGGGUCCUUGGAUGGUUGUGUUUUUCCUGCACAUAUGAGCAGUUUCAGUAUAAAAUUUCCCACUAAAAAGGACCUUCUCUUUUAACAUCUGAAACUGGUUUAACAAUUAGAAAACUUAUUGUGAGAAGAGCGGGAAACUCAGUUCAGCAGUUUUCCUUCUAUAAAGUGGGAGUGAAAAAUUAGUAGCAUGGAUAUUACAUGUCAGUUAAAACCAACAUGACUUUAAUUCUCUGUGGUGCAGCCUGUGUACUGUGGCACCCUGCCACAACAAGCGCUUUGAGGAAGGGUUUUGAUUAAACUUUCACCCUUCGUUAACCAGAGGAAAUAUUUUGUUGUGCAAGCAUAAAACCAGCAGUAGCUUUGUUUCACAAUCUCCCCCUUCCAGGCAACUUAUUGUUUCUGAAACUGUAUUAAAACCUGUUUUGGAUAUUGUGGCCUCUUUUGAUUGACAAGAUUGUUUUGUUUAAGUGUUUUCCGGUGGUAUUUAACCAUAUUUGCUAUUACUGGCAUCGUAGCUUACUUGCAUGUUUUUAAUCAAUCUCAAGGUUUUUCAGGCAGGUCAACAUUACCAGUAUUGUGGUUCAAGUAAGUUUAUCAGUCAGUAACUUUUAGUAAAAUGCUUCUGAAAGGCGGGGCAGGGUGGAUAUGCCAACCUGAGUGUUACAUUUCACCUUGCCUUGUGGGCUUAAAUCUUCAAUUUGUAAACUUCUGUUCAUCAGUUGGAGGAUAUUGGUCCUUUUCAAUAUUGCACAUAGUUUGAAAUCCAUGGAGUUUACUUAGACCUUUGUGAAGUUCCUUACAUAUUAUCUCUGCCGGGGUUAAGUGAAGUGGGCUGGCUGAAAUGUGGGACUGCGGAAAUGGGGAAACGGAGCUAUUGCAUAAAGCUGUACCAAAAUAGAGAUGGGCCAGAGGAUUUUAGCCUGACCAGAUUUGACUGACUUGAAAAAUUACUUAAAUUAUUGUCCAUUAUGUAAUAUUUUUUUCCUCAAAUUUGAAGUGGGAAAGUGCUACAGCAUUUGAAGUAACAUUGAGGGGGUUUUGACACUGUUAAAAGUGGAUGUUUUCCCUAACAUUGUUCUUGGAAAGCUACUGUAUCUCUUUGGCAGGAAGAAUCCAACUAAACUAAAUUGAGGUGAAAACUCAGCCUGCACGAUUUCAGUGCGAGUGCUCAGAGUUAUGCAAAGAAAUCGGGGCAUGAACCCGAAUGUUUUUAUAAAGGGGGGGGGGGGGGGGCGUCACCUUAUUCUUAGUUGACAGUGAUACCGGCCCUGCGUGUGGAGCGCAGUUCUGCUGCAAGGUUUCAGUAACCACCGGUGCCAGCCUUGCUGGGAUACAGCAUUAGAGCUGCAUGCAGUGGUUGCAGUGCCGACACAUCUCUGUGGCAAGGUUAGGUGUGGCCAGUAACCAAGCCUCUUCCAAAUGUUGUUCGACAGAAGCCUACUGUUCAGCAGAGUGUUUUGGAAGACGGGCUGCCGUUUCUAGAGUUCUGCGGCUCUGUCGUUUACAGCUACGAAGCCAGUGACUGCUCCCUUAUCUCGGAAGAUAUCAGCUGAAGUGUAAGGAGAUAUGGAGUCUCAAUGGUCUGGUAAAACACCUUUUCGGCAAGCAGCUUUUGAAGGAUAAGUCUGUCCGCUGUAGUAACUGGGAGGAGUUUCCACUCAAUGAGGAGCAGAAAUUGUACGCAGCCACAGAUGCCUAUGCUGGCUUCAUCAUUUAUCAAAAACUGAAAAAUAUGAAUAACGGUGACCGGAAAUUAUUUUGUGUAAGAAGAGAUGACAUGUCAGAGGUUGUGAAGGAGCGCUUGAUUUCACUAGCUGAAGAGAUAACGGACCUGGCUUCUCGCAUCCCUGACUCUUCUGGACAACUUGCAAAUUUGCAGAGGGCUGCAGAAAUACUAGCUGGCAUAUCAGAGAAUGUAAAUGCCUUAAGAAGCACGCUGUUUCAUUCAGGUUCCCCUCCUGUACUGGAGAGGAGCUGUGGUGCAACUCCAACAAAUCUUGAAGCAGAGUCAGCAAACGUUGAAGCACAAAAAGUUGAAAUGCCUGAAUUUGCUAAACAACUUGAAGGCAACUUCAACAUCUGCUCUGAUGCUACACUAGCUGGCCUCUGGGAGGGAGAUCUUAAUGAAGAAGAGGCAGGGAGAGAUAACACUGUUGGGGAAGAUGGGGCUGCAGCAGCCAGCUCUAAGGACAAAGCAGACGGAGACGACUUCAUGUCACUAGAUAUUACUGAGCAAGAACUUCAAAUCUUGGAAUGUCAGGCUGCAAAAGAAUUGGUCAACGAAGGUACACCUGAGGAGGCAUGCUCCACAGACAACGAACAAAAUAUUUCCUGUGUCAUUGAAAGUGAUGAAGAACUGGAAAUGGAGAUGCUUAAAUCUUUAGAAGAUGUAGAUGAUUGCGAAGGAGUUUUAACUGAAGGAGAGUCCGAUAAAGCUAGAAAAACUCCUGACACAGAGUUGAAUGUUGCACCAGGUGGUGAAGAAGAUGAAGGCAUUGAGGAAGAAGAGGAGGAAUGUUUGGAUCCAUUGCUGCCAGUACCCAGUGAAAGCCACAUCACAUGUCUGAAGACUUAUUUUGGGCAUUCUUCUUUUAAACCGGUCCAGUGGAAAGUGAUCAAUUCUGUUUUAGAAGACAGAAGAGAUAAUCUUGUUGUCAUGGCAACUGGCUAUGGAAAAAGCUUGUGCUACCAGUUUCCUCCUGUUUACACUGGAUGUACAGGAAUUGUCAUCUGUCCUCUUAUCUCCUUGAUGGAAGACCAGGUGCUGCAGCUGACAAUGUCAGAGAUUCCAGCUUGCUUGCUUGGUUCAGCUCAGUCAGAAAACAUCAAAGAAUGUAUCAAAGCGGGUCAGUACAGAGUCAUAUAUAUGACUCCAGAGUUUUGUUUGGGGAACUUGGAGUUACUUCAGGAUCUUGACCGAACUAUUGGUAUUACUCUCAUAGCUGUUGAUGAAGCUCACUGCAUUUCCGAGUGGGGCCAUGACUUCAGAAAUUCCUUUAGAAGUUUAGGCUCAUUAAAGAAGGCUCUGCCAUCGGUUCCCAUUGUUGCUUUAACCGCAACUGCAAGUCCAUCAAUUAGAGAAGACAUAGUGAGUUGUCUGAACCUGAAAAAUCCCCAGGUCACGUGUACUAGUUUUGACAGACCUAACCUGUACUUGGAAGUUGGAUUACAAAGUGGAAACAUCCUUAGGGAUUUGAAGCAGUUCCUUACUAGAAAACAAAGCAGUCCUGUGUAUGAGUUUGAAGGCCCCACUAUCAUCUACUGUCCUUCAAGAAAGGCCACUGAACAGAUUGUGUUUGAAUUGAUGAAACUCAGUGUGGCCUGUCGUGCAUACCAUGCUGGUAUGGGAAUCAAACAAAGGAGAGAGACCUAUCACCAGUUCAUGAGGGAUGAAAUUCAGUGUAUUGUGGCUACAGUGGCAUUCGGAAUGGGCAUCAAUAAAGGAGAUAUCCGGAUGGUUAUUCAUUACGGUGCCCCUAAGGAAAUGGAAUCCUAUUAUCAAGAAAUUGGGAGAGCUGGUCGUGAUGGGCUUCCUGCUUCUUGUCACAUCCUGUGGACUGCGGCAGACCUGUCUUUUAACAGACAUCUUCUAAGUGAGAUACGAAAUGAAAAGUUCCGGUUGUACAAACUGAAGAUGUUAGCAAAAAUAGAGAAGUACCUUGUGUCAAACAGCUGCAGGAGGAAAAUCAUCUUGUCUCAUUUUGAAGACAGACAACUCCGAAAGGUUUCCUCUGGCAUCAUGGGCACAGAUGAAUGCUGUGAUAAUUGCAGGUCCAGAGCCUCUUGUUUUGCAGUCCCCAGAGACUCAGAAGGUGGUUUACAGGACUUUGGGAAGCAAGCAUAUCAGCUGCUGUCUGCAGUGAGUGCCCUGGAAGAGAAGUUUGGAACUAGACUUCCCAUUCUGUUUCUCCGAGGGUCUAGUUCUCAACGCUUGCCAAACAGAUACCGAAGACACCCUCUCUUUGGUAGUGGAAAAGACUGGCCAGAGAACUGGUGGAAAUUGCUCUGCCAAGAGUUGAUAAUGGAAGGAUUCCUCAAAGAAGCGUCUGGGCAGAGCAAGUUUGCAACCACGUGCAUGCUUACCCAGAAGGGUAGAAAUUGGCUGUUAAAAGCUGGAUCUGCCUCAAAUCCAAGUCUUCUAUUACAGUCCAGCGAAGACCUUAAUCUGCAGAGACCUUCUAGAAGCAGUAGACCUUCACCUGUGCUCUCAACACAGCGCUCCUCAGACACGAAAGGAACAACGCAGUCACCAGUCAAGCAGAUGUCUCUGUAUGAUAUGUUUUCAUAUGAGAGAAAAGGUAAAACUCCUCCAAAAGGCAAUAACAUGCUUAACAGUGUUGCAGAGCACUCGCCGGUGAAAUCUUCUCCUUUGAAGUCCCUGCAACCUGUUGUUUCAUCCCGAGAAAAAGAACUAGAGACUGCUCUGUAUGGCAAGUUGCUGACUGCUAGGCAGAAGGUAGCUAAUGAGAAGGUAAUUCCUCCAGCUGUCUUGGCAACCAAUAAGAUCCUGGUGGAGAUGGCCCGAAUCAGGCCUACGAAUGUUGAGAAUCUGAAGAGAAUUGAUGGUGUAUCUGAAGCAAAAUCCACCAUGUUGGUCCCUCUCCUGGCUGAAAUUAUGGACUUCUGCCAAGUGAAUGGUUUGCAGACCGACACAUUCCCCACGUCUGGAUCUAAAGAUCAGAAAGAAGCAUCUCCCUGGAAGUGUACCAGAACCCUCUCUCCCUCAGAGCAUGUCACAUAUGUCCUGUUCCAAGAGAAAAAUCUCUCUGUGAGGACUAUAAGUGAGAGCAGAUCUCUGCGUCUUUCCGAGGUUGGCACUCACCUGUUCCAGGCGAUGAAAGCUGGCUACCCUGUCAACCUGGAGCGAGCAGGUUUGACUCCCGAAGUUCAACAGAUAAUUUCUGAUGUUAUCCGUAAUCCUCCCAUUAACUCGGACACCACCAAAAUUCAAGCAAUUAGAAAACUUGUUCCUGCAAAUAUUGAACUGUAUCUCAUCAGGAUGACUAUUGCAUUAUUGGAGAAAGAGGAUAGAAAGAAGUCUCAGGAUGGCUCAGGCGUCAAAAGGAUGUUGGUGUGGUCAGAAGGGCAGCAGGAAAAAACAGGAGCAGAUCAAGCAAGCAGGGAAGAUGCCUUGUGGAGUAAAACAAAGGGUAAUUUGAUCAAUCCAACGUUGAAAGAAGGAGCAGAGAAAACCCAUCUGCAAGCGGUGCCUUCAGCUUCGUCAGCUUCCUUACUGUCAUAUGGAAAGGCUGUACAGAGUGUGGAUGACAGCCAGCCAGGUGGAGUAGCAGCAGCAGGCCACCUGAAGCCCAUCACGCUGGCCUCCUGGAAUCAGCCUGUCCUCAAUCCUGAUGAGGAGGAACUGUUUGCUGACUCUCAGCCAAAGAGCUCGCAUCCCCCUUGUAAGAGGAAGGUGCCGGAAUGGUUUGGAACCUCAGCGGUGACUGUUCUACCCAUAACCCAGACGAAGAAAUCUAAAGCAGAGACCAGAAAAGGGAUUUUUAGUUGAAUAUAGAAAAGAUGAUUUUCUUUUUUUUUUUUUUUAACUUUCCCUCCCCCCUAUACAGAGUAUUUUUUGAACAGAGUCCUCCUUUACUGCUGUAA